CUCAAGAGCGAGAUCUGGCUCAAGUUAGAGCUUCGCGACAGCCCGACCCUUCAUGUGGCUUCGGCUGCCUUUGGACGCUUGUGUCAGGAGGACGCACACUUGGAGGUCAGCUCGCACCAUGACCAGGAUCUCGGUGGUAGACAUGGCCGCCAUGGCCGAUGGGCGAGAAGGCCAACUGAGAGUGGCUCAGGCCUUGUCCAAGGCCUUUGCAGACACAGGGUUCGCUGUUGUCACCUCCACACCGGUGCCAGAGAUCGCGUUGGCACAGCUUCGGAGAUCUGCGAUGGACUUUUUCCACCAGCCUUUGGCCGAGAAGCAGAUGGUGAACGAAGGCAGCGCCCCUGGCUAUGGCAGCAGCCCCUACUGCCGACUGGAGGAGAACGGGGCGCAGCUGCUAGGCGAUUUUACGAAGCCGGACGACCUUGUUGAGUCCCUCACGUACCGGCCCCAUGAGGGCCUCGAGAGGCUGCCUGACAGACCACCGGAGCUCCGCCCGGCUGUGCAGGAGUUUGGCGAGCGUGUCGCCCGAUUCCGGGAGGUGCUGAACUGUGCCUGUGACCUGGCGCUAGGCCAGGACGAGGGCUUCUUCGCGUCCAAGUGCGGCAAGGGCCGGGAGGCGUUGCGCUUGGCCUUCUACCCGGACCUGGAGGAGGGCGCGACAUUGCUGGAUGGGCAGAUGAGGUAUGGCGAGCAUGUCGACAGCUUCGGGCUGACCAUACUCAACCUGGACCCUGCAAAUCCAGAAGGACUUCAGGUUCAGAUUGGCGAGGAGUGGGUAGACGUCCCGUGGGUGAAAGGCUCCUUCGUGCUGAAUGUGGGUGCCCUGUUAUCCCGCUGGACCAACGGCUACUGGAAGGCUGCUGUGCACCGCGUGCUGUUUAAGCGCGGGCAGCGCUUGUCCAUCGUGAGCGGUGCCCUCCGGCCAGACGACGAUGUGAUGCUCGAGCCGUGCGGGCCCGGCGCACUGGCCGGCGAAAAGUUCGCCCCCGUCCGCGCCGGGGACUUCUGCCAGGAGAGGGUGGCGCUGCAUCGGCCCUCCUACCUACAGCAGAAGCAGCUGGACGCCGAGGCAGCCCAACGGCUGAGUGAGGACAUUCGUAGCUACCGGCAGUGAGCCGGGCUGGUCGGAGCUGACACGGGCCAACCGGCCCACACGGAGCAACGUGUCGGCCCAAAGCGGCCGGAAAACAUAGUUGUUGUGGCAGCAACCACUUGCGCGAGCCAUGUUUUGCUGGGUGUGGAGCCCACUUUAGAGCUUGACCUUUGAAACCAUUUCGGGAGUCUCUCACCUGCAGCACAUGGCGACAAAUUGGG